GUUCCGCAAACGGCUACGUGUCGACUGCAACCGUACGAUCAUAAUAAYAACRUUUAUUACCUACUYGAAUAGUUUCGUUCCAAUUCACUGCGGUCUUAUGCGCCCCCAUCCCGUCCGGUGCACUCWUAUAGUCUUAUCGUGGACGUGCCAGCCAGAGACCAAAGUGCAUUGACAACUUGUGCGAUGACAUGUGUCAACGACGUCGUCUAGGAGUCUGGAAUCGGCUAGAUCCACUUCUGAUGCAAUUGUUGCGACUUCUGUCACAUUUGAUUGUUUGAAGACGAAUUUAGCCGACGCUGGCAACAGGCAGGUACGAGUAUAUAAUURCAAUUAAAUUGRGCAGAUUUAAAAUAUGUCUAACAUUUUAUACACUCCGCUGUCACAGACGGCAUUUGAGUCUUCUGGGGUUUCUAAAGUGGACAAUUUAUUAACUGUUAAUCAGUUAGCACGUCAAUUAUUGCCAUUGAAAGUGACUAAUAAAGAAAUAGAUGCUGGRCUUAAAAGAAUAUAUUGGUUGGGUAAUUAUACGCAAAAGAAAAAACCAAAACCUGUUGAUAAGUGUAAACCAAAAAACCAAUUGAAAAGAAUACUUGGAUUAAAUCAUCCACCAAAAAAUGUUUUGUCAUAUACUGAUGCGAUGAAGUUGAAUGAGCUUUGGAUGUCGUACAUGAAAAAAAUUGUUAAUUUCGAUGAUCUCCGCAAAAGAGGAUGGAAUGGUACUCCGGGAUGUAAACUUUGGGAACAAUUUAUGACUUCGCUGUAUAAAUGUGAUUUUCAUGGUGCUCACAUUAAGGUGGUCAGUUCCAAAUGUUGUUCAUAUGUUUUGGUAACAGGUGUUAUAAUUCUUGAAACAAAAAAUACUUUCCAAAUCAUAGGAGUUGAUAAUAAAUUAAAGACUGUACCCAAAGAACAGUGUAUUUUCGAACUAARACUUGAAGGGUAUUUUGUUCAGCUCUAUGGUAAACAUUUUGUUAUCAGAUCUAAAGAUCGUUCUAAAAAGAAAAUAAAAGAUAAUCUUUUAUUAGAUCUGUGAAAAUUAAGACUACAAAAAAAAAAAUCUGAACUUAUUGUUUAAUAAUUGUAUUUUCAUGUAUAAAUU